CAUUUGGCCGAGAUUCGAAUCGAGUGCGGUUGUGUUAGAGAGAACUUGAAACGGUCGGUCGUCUUCGCUUUGGGGGCCAUCAAUCAAUAUAGACGAACUAUCCACAAAGAGGGUGCAUCCCAUUCAAACUGGGUAACUGCAUAGAUACAAUAGCUGUUGUGCAGCACAAAUUAAUCGUCCGGGCCAAGGGUGGAAAGAUGCCACCGAUUUUGUAUUAUCUACCACCAUCACCACCAUGUCGAGCAAUUAUGAUGUUGGCCAAGAUGCUGGAUAUGGAAUUUGAUAUGAAAGUUGUUAAUAUCCUUGAGGGAGAGCAGUUGAAGCCUGAUUUUGUGGAAUUGAAUCCGCAACAUUGUUUGCCAACAGUUGAUGACGAUGGAUUGGUUUUGUGGGAGAGUCGAGCUAUACUUGCGUAUUUGGUAUCAGCUUAUGCGAAGGAUGAUAAAUUAUACCCGAAGGAUAUACGAGUGAGGGCGUUAGUUGAUCAACGUUUGCAAUUUGAUUUGGGAACAUUAUAUGCACGGAUGGGUGAUUAUUUUUUUGGAACAAUGUUCAUGGGUGCUCCUUUGGAUGAAACGAAAAAAGCCAAAUUAUUAGAAGCCUUGAGAUGGUUUGAGGCAAUGUUCAAAAAGAGAGAAUUUACAGCAUCGGAUCACUUUACCAUUGCUGACUUAUCGCUGACAGUGACAAUUUCUCAAAUGGAAGCAUUUGGAAUUGAUUUGGGUCCAUAUCCAAAAAUUAGAGCUUGGUUUAAAAAAUGCAAAGAAGAAUUGGAACCCUAUGGAUAUGAGGAAAUUAAUCAAUCUGGAGCUGAUGCAUUGAAGGGAAUGUUGGAGUCAAAAAUGCAAAAUAAAUAAAAAAUAAGAAACACAAAAAUUGUAUUCAAAACAAGGACGUUUUUAGUAGAAUUAUGUAGAAAAAUUAGAUAAAGUAUUAGACUUAUUGGGUUUCAUUCUUUUAAAUAAAUUUCAGUCUUUAUUAUACUCGUAUAA